AUGGAUUUCGCUCGUAAAAUAAAAACAAAAGUGUCUGCUGGCUUCACGAUGCGGGGACUUAUGCUGCGACCCGAAUCCAGCAGAUACCUUUUGGAGGUGCUGCAGUCAGUCAGUCCCAUUGAACUGGAUGAUGUUAUUGAACGGAUCUUGGAUGCUGUGGAAAAGCAACCACUGUCCUCUAGUAUGAUAGAGCUUUCUGUCGUGGAAAUUGCUGUGCAGGACUGCAGUCAGUCUUGUGAUGAAACCGUAGAUAAUGUUCUUAACAUAAUUGGAGCGUUUGAUGUACCAAGAUAUAUCUUCAGUGUGGAGAAGAAGAAAUUUGUACCAAUUAAUAUGACCAACCACCCAGCUUCCAGUCUGUGUGGUAUGGCCAGAGACAAGGCUGAACUCUUCAGAGAACGUUAUACAGUCUUACAACAGCGGACACAUAGGCAUGAGCUUUUUACUCCACCUGCAAUAGGAGCUGCCAUUGAUAAUGGAAGGAACAAAUUUCAGCUCAAGAUGGUUGAAGCGCUUCUGGGAAGCACAUCCAAGCUGGGAGAGGUCAUUGUGCUGGGGAUGAUCACACAGCUGAGAGAAGGUAAAUUCUACCUAGAAGACCCAAGUGGAACAGUACAGCUGGACAUAUCCAAGGCACAGUUUCAUAAUGGACUCUACACAGAAUCUUGCUUUGUAUUGGCAGAAGGCUGGUACGACGACUCUGUGUUCCACGUCAGUGCCUUUGGGUUUCCACCAACAGAACCGUCUUCAAACACAAGGGCAUACUUUGGCAAUAUAAACUUCUUUGGUGGUCCAGCCAACACAUCGGUGAAAGCAUCUGCCAAGCUCAAGCAACUGGAAGAGGAGAACGAGGAUGCCAUGUUUGUAAUAGUCUCUGAUGUGUGGUUGGACAGUGUAGAGGUGAUGGAGAAGAUCACCAUCAUGUUCUCAGGCUAUGCUGCAAUGCCACCCACGUGCUUCAUUUUUUGUGGGAGCUUCUCUUGUGCUCCCUAUGGAAAAACACAGAUCAAAUCACUCAAAGAGUCAUUGAAAGCUCUUGCUGAUGCCAUAAGUGCAUUUCCUAGCAUUCAUGCAAGUAGUCGCUUUGUGUUUGUACCUGGUCCUGAGGACCCUGGCCCCAGUACUGUUCUACCAAGGCCUCCCUUAGCUGACUACAUCACUGAGGAGUUCAGACAGAGGGUUCCCUUCUCAGUGUUCACUACCAACCCAUGCAGGAUCCAGUACUGCAGCCAGGAAAUUGUAAUUAUGAGAGAAGACCUGGUCAACAAGAUGUGCAGGAACUGUCUCCGCUUGCCCAACAACAGUCUUGACAUUCCAAACCAUUUUGUUAAGACCAUACUGUCACAGGGUCACUUGACUCCACUUCCUCUGUAUGUCAGUCCAGUGUUCUGGGCCUAUGACUAUACUCUACGUGUCUACCCUGUCCCUGAUGUAAUAAUCUUCGCAGACAAAUAUGAUCCUUUCACCAUCAUCAACACAGACUGCCUCUGCAUCAACCCAGGGUCGUUCCCGAGAAGUGGCUUCUCAUUUAAGGUGUACUACCCAUCAAACAGAACGGUUGAGGACAGCAAACUUCAAGGGCUUUAAAGGAAAUUGAUUCGCAAGUGGAUCUGUUGUCAAAUGUUUGAUAUAUUGCCGCUGUAAAAUAUGUGUUGGAAAUUAGCUGUAAUUAAUUGUAUCAUUUUAUUUUUAAUGUAGUUUUUUCUGUCAUGAACAAUAAAGGU